UUACGCUUUCGUCACUAUCGGCGCGGCUUGUUGCCUUGUACGCACUGGCUGUUAUCUAACUAAACUCGUUUUUAGGGGAACUUAAGCAGUAAAGAGCAUCACUCUAAAGAAAUAUCGAUGUCUGAAGUGUAAAACGAAUAUAUCCCCAAUACAGCUUUAAGAUAAAGAAAAGGAAAUUACAUUCACGAGCGGAUUUUAAGAAGAAAAAAGCAAAGAGAAUAUAAAUAAAUGCUAAGAAAUAGAUAGAUGUUAAUAUAUAAAUACAGAUAUAUACAUACACACAUAUUUAUAUUUAUUAUAUAUACUUAUAUAUAUAUACAUAUAUAUAUUUAUAUAUAAACUAGUAAAGAUCAGCAAGCCGGUAAAUGAAAAUAAGCUGUGUUAGGUUGAAGGAAGUUACUUCUUAGACAAAAACUUUGACAGCAGCAGCAGUAAACGGUAAAGUGAAGAACAGCACCGCUACCCACACCACCACCAAUAACAACAACAACAACAACAACAGUAGCAACGGUAACAAUAACAAUUAUACUGAAACGGCAGCAGUAACAGUGGCAGAUAACAGCAACAAGACCAACAACAACAGUAGCAGCAGCAGCAGUGGUAACAGCAAGCAAACAGUAGCAGUAAUAAAGUGUUAGUAAAGAGUGUUUUAAGCAUUAACAAACAGCAACUACAACAAGAAGAAGAAGAAGAAUAGCCGCUGCAGCAGCACUAAGAAACAGUAAAACUCGUAACGACAACAACAGCGACGGCAGCGGCAGUUGUAACAGCAGCAGCAGGAGAAAGAAAAAUAAAACAAGGAAACUAAAAAAGGAAGGGAGGGUGCCGGAGGCUAUAACAGCAAGUUGAUUUAUUUGUUGGUGUUUUUUUUUUUUCAAACGGCGAGAAACUCAUAAAGCUCAGUCCAUCUGAACAUUUUAUCCCUGUCGGGACGCAUCUGCAUUACAUAUAAAACAGCAGCAGAGCAUUAUCACCGUCUAGAAACGACCAUGUCCCUAAACGGUUUCAUUGGUAAAUGGCAGGAGCAGACUAAGGAAGGGUUUGACAGUCUCAUCUCAGCCAUAGGACUGCCCGCCGAGAAGAAGGAGUGGUAUAGAGCAGCCCGUACAGAGAUUGAAUACAAAAAACUGAGUGAUGAUACCUGGGAAAUCAAUGUUGGUAUUGUAGGAGUACCCAAGGGAAGAACAUUCAAGUUCAAAUUCGGUCAGACUUAUGAAUCAGCUUCCAUUGACGGAUCUCCGAUGCAGAGUAUCAUUACAGCUGAUGGAGAUAAAUUCGUUGAGAAACAUACGGGAGAGAGUCUACAAGGUGCCGAGAUGCAUAUUAUUCGGAGGAUAGAAAAUGGCAAUAUGAUUGUGAAAACAACAUGCAACGGCGCAACAAUGAACUCCAGGUACACGAGGGUGUAACCAGAAACAAGUACCAUCAUUAUCACUCCACUGACGUCAUUUCUUCUCAAAUAUGCUAUCAAGGGACGUUACUCUUUCUUUUAAGAGCUGCCGUGCCUUGUGUUGUUUAUUUUGUUUGUUUGUUUUAGCAUUGUAUUGUUAUCCAACGGCAAGCUAACUAAUCUAUUAAUGGUUCUAAAGAAACAAAGAUUAUACAUUAAAAAAAAGUACAUGUCUUCUUCUUUCAUGCAUCAUAAACUGCUGCAUUAGAGCGCUGGUAUAAUGGCUGUUAUGUGACUGUUGUGUGAAAUAGCCAGUUGCUAAGAGGAUACGCUGAUGACUGCUCUCUGCAACCAGGCACAGAGCAAAAAAUAUUUCAAGCAUUAAAAAAACGCAUUCUAAUAAAAGAACAAAAUUGCAAUCACACAUGCAUAAAUGAGCUUUCUUUUUGUUAUUGCUUUGACAUUCUGCACUCGUAAAUGAGUCAUUCAAAGAAACACACUUAGACUUUGGUAAACAAAAGAAAAGGCAUUAUGGCUGAAUUUCAUUAACUAAUCACUUUUUAGAGUGUUUUAGCUGUGUAGUAUUUCACUUCAUAAAUAAGCAAUUCUUGAAUGAAAUAUCUUUUACCUAAAACAUUUCUUUACAUUCGUAUGUUAACCAAGGCAAAGAGCUACACUUUGUGUUCCCGAAAAAAAUAUUAAAGAAAUUCUUCAGAAAAUAGAAUGUCCCUAAGAUCUUCUGUAUCUCAAAUGAUCUCUGAUUUAACACAGAAAUUCGAAGAAAUAAAUCUUUAAGUACUGAA